UUAUUUUUAUUCGGAUGUCCUCAGGAAAGACAAUAUAUAAGUCACUUACGGUACAAUUACUUUGGAGAAAAAAAACAAAAAAACGUUUGUAUUAAAUUGACGCACCUUGUUCCUGUGAGACUGAACCCAGGGGGGACCUUUGGGGAGUCUCGCCGUCAUGAGUGCGCUCCUGCCGGCGUGGACGUGCCUGCUGCUCGGCCUCCUGCCCCUGGAGCUCUACACCCGGAGUCUGACCCACCAUACCCUCGGUGCCAGGGACAGGUCGCCCAAAUCUUCUAAAUACACGACGCCUUCUUACGCCACCGUGACGCCCGCUACAUCACGUGUUGCCCCGGGCGACCCCGUCCCUCUGGCAAAGAGAGGCCACCUGUGGAGGGCCCUCCUAAAAGCAGAGCCCCCGCCCAGGUUGUCCCAACUCUUGCUCCAUCAGGACACGCCGUCAUCAGCCCGGGAGGGUAGUUCGCGAGGUCGUCGCCACGCCAACAGCGGGGGCCGAAGGGGGCGGCUGAUGAGGGUCGGCUGCGUCCUGGGGACCUGUCAGGUUCAGAACCUGAGCCACCGCCUCUACCAGCUGAUUGGACAGAGCGGGAGGGACGACUCCUCCCCCAUCAACCCUCGCAGCCCACACAGCUAUGGCUGACACUUCAACCAUUUAUUAGUACACCCUAGCACUCUUCAGUUUAAUGUUCCUAAUAACAUCAUUUAACAUUAGUAAUGUACAUACUACAAACACGUUAAGUACGGCUGAACGUUAUAAUAGAGAAAAACACUCGGAGAGUAGGCCCGACUUCCCGAUAGUAAACAAGUCCUGAAUCCAGAGAGUGAUCCAGAUCAGCCCCAAAAUGUAACGACUUGUUCCUUAUCCUGUUUCUGACAUUUUCUGAAAGUUUCAUCAAAAUGUGCCCAGAACUUUUAGAGUUAUUUAUAGCAGAAUGAAAGAAACCUUGUCAGUCAUCCACUGUCUUUGUCUCUGUGGGUGGAGGCGAGGCCCUGGCAUACACACACAGAAAUAGAGUCUUGCAAUGUUAAUGUAAGGUCAUUUAGUGGAAAUGAUCCGGAUCACCCCCAAAA